AGAGCGUUAUGACACUGACCGAGAGGGAAGGAAGAAGGAGACACAUGAGGACGAAGUCGGUGAUUACGCAGGCUGAUCGAUCAGUCUUCUCUGGAUCGAUUGAGUAAGGAUCUAGAUGGAUCGGUCGGCAAUUCUUGUUCGCAAUUGAGAGGGUAAAGGGUGGUAUGAUUUGUUACAUGGUAGAUACUGAAGAUCGUUUUAGUGCACCCGGAGGCUGGCAGGAGAAUCAGCCGCUGAGGACGAGUUCUGUACGGGGAAUUUGAAAGUCAAUAUCGUUGAGACAGUUGGCUUCGUAGAGAGAGAUAGAGAACCUGUCGUAUGGACAUAUCCGAAUUGGACUUCAUAGAUCUGCAUGUGGAAGAAAGUCUAGGUUCAUGAAGACAGUGGUCUCUUAGGUUUAGUAUGCGUGACUCGGAAUUGACGAUCAAGCACCCGAUGAAAAGGCUGUAGUUUCUUGUAGUUGAUGCAGAGGAACGACUUCCGAUCAUAAUCAGUAUAACCCACAGGCACUCUGCAACUUCACAUAGGAUUGAUCCCCGAUGGCGCUGUGCUCUUCUUCCUUCUUCACUAGCGUAGAACUGUCUCUGCCGUCUCAGAAUGGUGCAAAGAAGUCGUCGAAUGUCGGCGCAUUGUCAGAGACGAGGGCUUGUUUGGGAAUAAUUGACUCGAGACAGGUACUGAGGCCAUGCUCUACAAAUGCCAGCGUUGCCUCUACGCUGGGAAAGAGAAGCUUUGGUCUAGCUAGGAAAUUUGAAGGAGAUGAAGUGCGGGAAGAUGGAUACAGUGGCUUGUUCAAAUUCUCGCAAGAAAGAUUACUUACUGGGGUCAAGCUUCAUGUUCAUAGAUUGAGGUCGGAGUGGAAGCUUCGUAGUCAGGUUUCUAAAGAGGAUUACCAUGUAUCUAGGGAUAACGAUCAAGGACAGCAUCAAUCACAUAAGGAGGCUCUUAAAGAAGCGAUUUUCGAGUUGGAGUACAUGGUACGGGAGCCCGCCGAGGUCCUGGAAGGGUUACAGGAAAGACUUUCGACGAGAGAUUUGGAGCUUGUGUUGGCUUACUUCGCCCAAGAGGGUAGGGAUUCAUGGUGUGCUCUAGAAGUGUUUGAGUGGAUGCAGCGUGUGAAUCGUGUUGGAGACGACACGCACAAACUGAUGAUGCGGAUUAUGUUCGAUUGGAUCAUGAAGUUAGUGGAGAAAGAGCAACCUGUAGAGGAUGUGAAAAGCCUGCUACAAGACAUGCAUUGCGUUGGGUUAAAACCAGAGUUUCAUAUCAUGCAAUCUAUCAUAGCUACGUACUGGGAAAAGGGAAUGAAGGCCGAAGCAUUAUGUUUCGUAAAGGAGAUGCUGGAUAGUGAGGUGGAGACAGAAGGUGAAGAUCCCGUGGUAUUUUUGAUUCUGAAGAUGGUCAAGGCAGGGGAGCAAAGAGAGGCUCUGGAGCUGAUUCGACACUUAAGAUGCUGUGGUUUCAAGCUCAAAGUUUCUGCAUACACUUCUGGUUUAGUUGCCGCAGUUGUGGAGCAGGAACAGCUGACCACCACUCAAAGACAAAUAAGGGAUUAUGAGCGGAGGGGAGCUAUACUUAAGCUGGAUCACAAGGAUUGGGAACAACUUGAAAUUUACGAAAAUAACUUACAUGGUGAGGCAGAGCAGAUGGCCCAAUGGGCGGUGGAUGAAGAGGUUCCGGAAGCUCUUCCCUCAGUCCAUGAGAGAUUACUAGCUAUGUACUGCAUAGCGGGGAAAGCUUUGGAAGCAGAAAAAGCUCUAUGGGGUAUGAAGCUCGCAGGUAAGGAGCCCCCCAUGGAAAUGUAUAAUACCAUUCUGGGCAUUUGCGGCUACAGGAAUCAGACGGAGGCCGUGGUGCGUAUUCUGAACCGAAUGGAAGUUUCAGGGAAGUUGCCUGUGAAGAAAACCUACUCGGUUCUGAUGGGUGGAUAUAUAAAGGGUGGGCACUGUGACAGUGCAGCAGAAACCAUGCAUCUCAUGUUGGAGAAAAACAUUCAUCCAGACCCUAAUGUGAUGCUAGCCGUACUGCGGGCCCUGCAGAAGGCAGAGCUCGUAGGAUCUUACUUAAAGCUUUGUAAACGUCUUGCCGAAGCAGGUCUCAUUGAGCCCGUCAUUCUUUACUUCUACAUAGACCCUUACAACCUGUGCAUAAUUCGACCUCUAUGACAAUUUCCCGUCUCCGUAUAUUUCAGCACGCAUCAGGACCUUUACAUCCUACCUAGACUGGAUUAUUAGAACUAGUGAACAUGUAAUAUCUUGUAUAUCUGUAAGUAAUUUUUCCCCAACUUCGACACCCUGCCCAUCGUCAUUACCCUGUGGAAUCAGCCAGUACUUACUACUUACCACCGACACACACUACGUCCGCUGUAAAAUACUGUGAAUAUAAAACACGCAAUGCCGUUUGUCAGCCCGCUGGAAAAUAUUUAGAUUAGUUUGUAAGGGCAUAGCUGUCGAGGCGUUUUCAAACUCAACGAUCCUUCACAGUCCAAGUACAGCACUGCUCAUCCGAGGAGAGCGUGACUCAAAAUUCUUUUAUUCGUCGAUUAUUCUGUCCAAAUUACAUUGGAUUAUUCCCUCUGGGACUCAUGUACGAAAGUUCCUACAUCAAGUCUGCUACAAUUGAAGAUAAGGGUGCCGCAGUUCCUACAGACAGCGAGACUGAACAUUUCCAAGGUCACAGGAUUGUUUUAGUUCAUGUAUAUAGACCCAGCAGAUCGAACUAUCAAGCGUUUUAACUCAGGUUAUGUUAUUACCCGAGUGAGUGCUGAUUUAAAUGGAAUCGAGUAUCGACUAGAAGGCACAUAGGAAAUGGGAUCUCAAUGGCAAACAUGCGUUCAAACGUAAGAAUUGCAGGAUUUCAAAUCUCGACUUCAUCCUCUACAGCUUCAUACUUUUUCGUCACUUUGCCCUGGAAAUGUUUAAGACGAGAGCGGCGGUUAAACAUGAAAUUGACACCAAUUACAGUUACAUCAACAACGGGCCAUCUCGAAUGCCAUAUGUGAGACUUUGUAUCACAAACAUACAUAUAACACGGAGUUCCAGUGGAUCAAACUGAUAUCGACAAACAUCGGCGUAGGAGCUUCAUCAUGAUCUCGAUUUUGCUUGCCGCAGAACGUCCUGUGAUCUGGAUAAGCAAAGUCGCCUUAUGUCGAUUCCGAGACGAUAAAAAUGCCCAUCAACACGAAUAUGUUCAGGGCCAGUCUGUUAAUAGCGGGAAAUCUCAUGGCAUGUGUGUUCCACUGGAGAACAAUUCCCUCUGCGCUUUUGUUGUGCUUGACAUUUUGCAUGAACUAGUAUCCAUUAUUAUCUACUUUCAUUGUGUGAACUAUCAUCCACCACCACGAAAAGAUCGAAAGGAGGGAGCUUCAUUAUUGUAUUAUGCACUAUUACCUUUUGAAAAGGAAAACAUGACGGAGA